AUGCCUAAUGUCAUCUACAUGGGAGGCUUUCAGUGUAAACCUGCUAAACCACUUCCCGCAGACCUAGAGGAGUUUGUGCAGAGCUCAGGAGAGCAUGGAGUCAUCCUCAUGUCUCUGGGUACUUUUGUGACUGAAAUUCCUGCUGACCUAACCAAUAUGAUAGCUUCAACUUUUGCAAAAUUACCUCAGAAGGUCAUCUGGAAACACAAAGGGGACAAACCAGCUGCUCUUGGCAACAACACUUUACUGGUGGACUGGAUGCCACAGAACGAUCUAUUAGGACAUCCAAAGAUUAAACUUUUUGUGGCUCAUGGAGGGACAAACGGUGUUCAGGAAGCAAUGUAUCACGGAGUUCCAGUUGUUGGUCUGCCGUUAUUUUUCGAUCAAUAUGAUAAUCUGCUGCGACUGAAAGACAGAGGAGGUGCAGAGAUCCUGAGCAUUCAAACUGUGGAUAAAGAUGACAACUUCCUGAAGGCCAUACAGACAGUCCUAAGUGAGCCCUCAUACACGAUGAACAUGCAGAGACUGUCCAGCCUGCACAGAGAUAAGCCCAUAGAGCCACUGGAUAACGCUCUUUUCUGGAUAGAGUUCGUAAUCAGACACAAAGGUGCAGCUCACCUGAAAUCACAGUCCUUGAAGAUGCCCUGGUACUCCUACUACUCCUUUGAUGUCUUUUUAUUCUUGGCUGGAGUUUUGCUCCUCCUGCUUUUAUCUACUUUCAUGCUCCUCAGGUGUUUAUGUGCUAUUAUGUGCAAGAAAAAAGUGAAACGUGAGUAAUCACCUAAGAGAUAUCCACAUGCAAAUCUGUCUUAUGGAUCAGAAUUAUUAGGCAGAUUUUAAGAUGUGUAAGUCAUUGGACCAAAUAUUAAUGCUUUAUCUCAACAAUCACAAAAUAAAUCAAGUUCGACAGCAAUCAAAUCAAAUUUUUGACACUGCUCAGGUUCUUUUUUGUUUUAUACUGUUUUGGUUGAUCAUAAUUUUUUCAGCAUUCAUAUGAACUUAAGAAUGUUUGUAAUAAGCAAGUUUGUCUAAAUAAAUCUGGAAUGAAAGAUUGUUCAUAAUUCUGAUUAGUGUUAUGUUUCAUCUGUAUUUAACUUUUGUUCAAGGGCAAUGGCAGAAAUGCCUUUAAGGUAGCAUGUGACAGCAAGGGGUUAAUGUAAUCAAAGGGGAAACUGCAGCUGGUUUUGCAUCUGUGGUAUCAGGUUAGGAUUGGACCAGUAUCAUUAAAAGGAAUGGCAUGAAUCGCAAAUCACUGAUGAGAGGCUGAAAUAUGUCUCCUCACCUGUUCAACACUUUUUUUCUUUAUUAACAGCUAUAAGCAUCUGUGUUUGCUCCUUUAAACUGCCGAGGCGUGUUUUCUUUUUCCUUGCACCUUGAUUUAGGUAAUCUUAGGAGGUUAACAGAUCUGCUUUCGGGUAAUUUAAAAGUUUUAGAAAGUACUAUAAUUUUUUGUUGUGGCUCAUUUUCUGCUUUUAAGGAUGGUGCUUGAAAAUAGAAUUUAAAAAAAAACAGAAAGCAAAGAACGGCCUCUUAACACUACAGUUUUAUUAUCAUAUAAGAAGGCAUGUACAACACUGCUAUAUCUCUUACUAGAGGGUGAUUUUUAAGGCUAGAUAAUAGACAGUAUACUCUGUACACUAUGUGCUUUCCAAAACAGCACAUUAGGCCUUUAUAAUACGACUUAUUCAAGAGUAAACAUGUCUCUAAAUAGCUGAGCUUUAUCUUUAGGGUGUGCACCUGUCUAGGUGGGUACUGUAAUUAGUCUUAAUCUGUGGGUGGCUGCCUUUCCAUUGUAAAUCCAAAGUUCAGCCUAAUACUAAUCUAAGAACAAAGUGUAUGCCAAUAACCAAAUGUCAAGUGUCAGCCAACAGUAAUGUUGAAUCAAAAACAGUUUUAUCCAAUUAGUCGGUGAUCCGGAGAUUUUUUUUACUCUUUUUGGCUAAUUCACUGUUCUCAGUGAAGUGGUAAAUGAGCCUGAUAUGUUCAGACUCAGUGUCUCACAGACUACAUGCACAUCUAAUAUGUAAUACUUUUACUGUGUACUUUUUUUUGUCAAUUUACAGUUAAAAAAUGAUAAUACAGUGCUAUGAGUCUGUUUUUCCUAGUUUUAAUGUUGAUUAAAGAUAAUGUCUUCCAUGAUCCAAACACCUCAGACUAAAUUAUUCUUGAUAUAUUGCAUGCAUUAGUCAUAUGAAGUACGUAUACGGUAUGUCAACAUAAAUUUCAGUGGAAAAUAGGCUCAUUAUACUGCUUUACUAUGGAUGUUAACAGCAUGUUAACCUGCUUACUUUUAUGAAAAGUAAGCAGGUUAAAAACAUUACACUUGUGCGUAUGGAGGUAGGGGAGAGUGGGGUAAGAUGAGCCAUUUUUCAUAUUUCAGGUCACUACAUCAAGGCAAUCAUAGUUUUGUCUCUAACUAGUGUAUCUGCAUAUAUUUCAAGAUGUUGUGCAUCCCUGCAAACCAACAGAGUAAGUGUAAAUAUAACUGUAUUGAUAAUAUAGCAUGCCAAAAGAAGUGGUCUCCUAUGGUCAACUUACCCCGUAUCCCCCCCCCCCCCCCCCCCAAAUAUUUCUUUCUCCAUUUCCAAUGAACAGGGGGUGGCUCAACUUACCCCACUCUCCCCUACUAAAAGUUUAAAUAUUAAACUAAUGAACUCCUUAAAGAAAUUGAACUUUAUGAAAAUAAAACACAAACAGUAAUUCUUGUACUUAGUCCUUGUAGUUUAGGGAGUAGCCUAAACUCCACGGUGUCUUGAAUUUCUUCAAAUUAAUUGUGAACACUUUAUUUUGAAAAACGGAUGUUGUUGCAGACUCGCAGUUGUCCUCACGCUGAACUCACCGACCUCCACCUAUGUGAGACAUUACCACAGCAUGUUUGCUCUCGGUGUACAAAUGCAUUUCGCGGCCAGUACGAAGGUAAGAUUUCAGUAAUGUGACGCUUUGGGUGUGAAAGAGAAAGGUAUAUCAGAAUCACUCUCACUCUGUUGUGAUCACUCCGGAGUGUCGAGCAUUUACCAUAAAGACUCGAAUAAAUGCACACCUUGAAUCUAGAUACGAUUGACUCGACGAAGUUAAAAACGAGGAGAGGCUGGCUAACCACAGCCUAAUUUCGUACUGUAUUAAAUAUAAUAUCGUAACAACGAUUAAGAUAUUUAUUCAGUCAACCUGUUUGGGCUUCUUGUGCCAACUCGCCAAGGUAACGACGUUGAAUAGCUGAUAAAGGCGCACAUCCUUUUUUUAGUCAUUUUUGCCCAAAACUGAGUAGGGCUUUUAGUGGAUUUUCUUAUAAAUCCCAGUUUCUACUUCUCAGUAAUCGAUACAUGCCAUUCAUACCGUCUGUGUUUCAAAUUAACACCACAAAUCUGACAGCCAAAUCCAAUGAAAUAUACCUUUUUUUCCCUCACUGACCACAAAACUAUGAGGAAUCCCACUCGAUUUUAAAACACGUUACACUGCCUGUGCAAGGGGAAUAUACCCAGACCAUUUUCAUAUAUUUUAACCUGCACAAAUUAGUCUGCUUUAUGGGUGGUGAAUUUGGGAACAGUGCAGCAUUUGCUUUUUGUAGAAGAGAUAGGAAUCUCCAGAGGGUGGAACAAAGAAACCUGGGAGUGUAUGUAGUCCCAGAGUCUGUUUCUUUCUGAUCUGCUAUGCUUUGUUUGGAUCCAAACUAUUUGUUGUUGACAAUGGUAUAGAGGUUGGGGAAGUUUCCACUGCAUGCUUGACAUUGAAAAACUUUGAUGAAGGGCAACGAGUAAGUGAUCUUUGGUAUUGUAAGAAGUGUUUUAUACUUGAAGGUUCAUUUUUGUUUUAAUCUUUUACCACUGAAUGUUACAGAGAAGUUAUUUUGAUUGAUUUAGGCCAAUUGUUAAAGGAUAAGGAGUUUCAUUAAAGGGAAAUUGGUAUUGGUGAGAAUAAUGUUUUCUUUUCCUUUUUUUAAAGAUAGAAGCUUUUCAAUAUUUAUUUACUGCAGAUUCAACUUACUUAAGCAGGGAUAUCCUUGGCUUUUUUGCACAUAUUUCCUCAAUUACAUAAGUAAAAAUCAUCCUUUUUUUUGCAUCUUCCACAUUCCUACUAUUUGGGAGGAAGAUUUAAAGAUCUUUUGUACCAUCUCCUUCACAACGUAUCCUCAUAUACAGUUUGUUGAUUUAGUUUCCCAUACUUGGAGACACCUCAGCUUAGACAUGAUGACAGCCACUGUGGUUAAUAAAAAGGGCAUUUUUCAGAAGCUGUUCACAAACAGACACACAGUGGCUGUCAUUGUCGAGAUAUUGGUGAAAUGCAUAUUGUUAGCUGUUAAAGGAAGAUUUGCAUAUGGGAAUGAUUUUUAUUCAUUUUGAAAGUAAUUAAACAGCAAAGGUUUUUCCACCUGACCAACAGGCUGGUUGAAAGAGAUAAAUGGAAAAUAAUAACUAAACGGAUCAAUAUGUGGGUUGAUUUUUUAUUUCGCAGCCAGCAGGCAAGAUAUUUUUCAUCUAUUCACAGUAUUUUCUUCAAAAAAAUUCAACAAAGGUAUUGAACUGUAGGGAGGUACCAUGUCUCUGCUUUACUCUGUGUACCUGUUGUCAUGUUAAUUUGAUAUCUGCUAAAAUAAAAUGAACAUAAUGUCUUUGUCCUUUCUUCAGAAUAAAAUGCCUUCACAGUGGAUCUGGAUCACUCUCUGUGGGCUCUGUCCAGUCAUGGUUUUUGGAGGAAAAGUUCUCGUUUUCCCUGUUGAUGGGAGUCACUGGAUUAACAUGAACAUCAUUGUUGAGGAACUGCAUUCAAGGGGUCACCAGGUUUCUGUUGUGAGACCUUCAGACAGCUGGUACAUCAAGGAAACCUCCCCAUACUAUACUUCAGUAAAUCUUGAAAUGGGCUCUGGGUUUGGUGAAGACUUUGUGACAGAAUUCGUAUCAAAGCUGCUGAAAGUUCAGAGGGAGGGGAGGUCUGUUUGGGCUCGAUUUAAGCUAGAGAUGGAACAAGUACAGGUAGCCUCGAAGAUGCAUGAGAAAACAACCAAAAUGCUUGAGCUGCUUUUUGAAAACAAAGAGCAGAUACAGUCUCUACAAGAUGCCAAUUAUGAUCUUGUCCUAACAGAUCCAGUUCUUCCAGGAGGUGUUAUACUCGCUCACUAUCUUAAGUUGCCUUUUGUCUUUAAUGUCAGAUGGACCAGUCAUGGGGAAGGCCAUUUUUUAAUUGCACCCUCACCUCUUUCUUAUGUUCCUCUGCCAGGAUUGGUGUUUUCAGACAAGAUGAGCUUUCUACAAAGAGUUAUUAAUGUUAUUGUAGUUGGUCUUACCCAUCUUCACACUGCACAGAAUAUUUUACCAUAUUAUAAAGACUUAAUUGAAAAAUAUUUGGGUCCAGAUGCGGACUACCAGUCCUUAUUUCAGUCAGCUGAUCUGUGGCUCAUGAGAGUGGACUUUGUCUUUGAAUUUCCUCGCCCCACCAUGCCUAAUGUUGUAUACAUGGGAGGCUUUCACUGCAAACCUGCUAAACCACUGCCUGAAGAUCUUGAAGAGUUUGUGCAGAGCUCUGGAGAGCAUGGAGUCAUCAUUAUGUCACUUGGGACUAUGGUUAAAGAUCUCCCCUCUGACCUCGCUAAUGCCAUUGCAGCAGCUUUUGCUAGAUUACCUCAGAAAGUCAUCUGGAGGCACAAAGGUGACAAACCUGCUACUUUGGGCAACAACACUUUGCUGGUGGACUGGAUGCCACAGAAAGAUCUUUUAGGACAUCCAAAAACUAAACUUUUUGUGGCUCAUGGAGGGACAAACGGCAUUUAUGAAGCAAUUUAUCAUGGGGUUCCCCUUUUAGGUAUCCCUCUGUUUUUUGAUCAACAUGAUAAUCUAUUUAAAAUUGAGUCAAGAGGGGCUGGAAAGAUAAUCGAUUUUAUCACCAUGGAUGAAGAAAUCCUCUAUCAGGAAAUACAAGAACUGCUUAAUGAGCCCUCAUACAGAAUGAACAUGCAGAGACUCUCCAGGCUGCACAGAGACACUCCCAUGAAGCCCCUGGAUAGCGCCCUCUUCUGGAUAGAGUUUAUCAUGAGACACAAAGGUGCGGCUCACCUGAGAACAGAGUCCUACAAGCUGCCCUGGUACUCCUACCACUCUGUGGACGUUGUUUUGUUCCUGACUGGAGCUUUGCUUCUUUUACUCUUCAUGUCUCUCAUGCUGGUGAAGUGUUUGUACUCCAAACUGUGUAAGAGAAAAGCAAAAAGGGAGUAAUUACUCAAAGGGUAUGACUAUUUUAUAUUAUUUUAUUUAAAUACACGAAAACAACAUUCACCCUCAAUAUUUGGAGGGGUCUUGUCAGCUUUGAGAUUAACAUAAUACUGACAUUGUAAAGGGAACAUUUUCAUGUGAAUUUAUUUAUUUGUUUAUUUUUUGUUUCAUCAUACACAAUUAGGUUUAUGUAUGACUUUAAUAAGUACUGUGACUUUUUUAAAAUGAGCCUGUAUAAUUUAAAAUACUUGUAAUAAAGUGAAUUGAGUAGUACUUGAUUAGUCACACUGGGGACAUUUACACUGACUGACUCAAAUGUGAUGAUAUGAAUAAUCACUGACAGGAGAAGCUGCAACAUUCAUUCAAUACUCAGUUUUUGGAGUCAUUUAGUUGAAAAGAUGAUCCUUUUAACUAAGGAUUUGGGCGAUUUUACCAGAGAUGGCCAGCAUUAUCAAGAGAUGAUUUAGGCCAAAAACUAAUUUUCGUCAAAAAAGAACUUUGGCCAAUAUUUUUAUAGGGUGAUGAAAUGACACAACUUUAAAAGCAUUUGCAAAAGUACAAAAAGCCAAAACGACUGCAUGCACUUUAAAAGCACUUCAAAUACACAGAUAACACAAAGCAAAAGUCAACAACUGUAGAGAGUGGCUGCAAAGAAUGAUAAACUGCAACAUUAUUCAGAAAGGGUUGACCAGACACUGUCAUUACCAUCAAACACCAAAGACAGUGCAGGGUGUCUUCUGUCAAUAUCUCUACAUUCAGUGAGACAGAUUAAGACUGCAGGAACACAGGCCCUAUUGUUCCUUUAACUUCAAACCAACAGAGGGAAACCGAUGGGUCUGAUCUGUGUUAGGGUUUGCUAAUUUGCAUUUAUCAGCCAGCAGGUGAUGGUCUCCAUGUAAAAAUGUCAUUUAGUGACAAUCUGAAAUGUUAUUUUCUGUUUGACAGUUAUUAUUUUUACCAGUGAACGAGUUUUGUUAAUAUUUAUUUAAAUUUUAAUGUCAUAAACAUUCCCUUUGUACUCUCUUAUCGUCCAAUCUGUUGUAGAGAAUGUAACUGCUGUACCAAAGUCCUUCUGAGUUCUACUCCUUCUCAGCUUAAACCUGACAGGAGCAGUACAUGGUGCAUGUGUGGCUCUCUGGACAAGCAGAAAUAUUCCAAAGGAUACAUUGUACACCAGAUUCAGGUAACUAGGUGCAUGCCAGUGUUUUCCAAUAUUUAAAGACUUUGCCUUUAGAGGAUAUUCAUUUGUAUAUGUUUGUAUAAAAUAUAUACAUAUAUGUAUGUAUAUAUACACAUUUAUGUAUAUAUUUAUGUGUGUAUCAGGUAUCGGUUGUCUUUGUUUCAGGUAGAUUUUGCGUACAGUGAUCUGUAACACUUACACUGAGGUGGGGAUGGGGGUUGGAGGUGUUUCACAGUUUUUGUCCUGGGCGUGAUGAUGAUAUGAUUUAUAUGUCAUUUUCCCAACUUCAGGCCAAAAUGCCUUCACACUGGAUCUGGAUCACUCUCUGUGGGCUCUGUCCAGCCAUGGUUUUUGGAGGAAAAGUUCUCGUUUUCCCUGUUGACGGGAGUCACUGGGUGAACAUGAACAUCAUUGUUGAGGAACUGCAUUCAAGGGGUCACCAGGUUUCUGUUGUGAGACCUUCAGACAGCUGGUACAUUAAGGAAACCUCCCCGUACUAUACUUCAGUAAAUCUUGAAAUGGGGUCAGGAUUUGAUGAGGACUUUGCUUCUGACCUAACAGUCAAGCUGCUGGAAGUCCAGAGGGAGGGGAGGUCUGCUUGGGCUCAGUUUAAGCUAGAGUUGGAACAAAUGAACGCAGCUUCAAUGAUUCAUGAGACAACAUCUAAAAUGCUUGAGCUGCUUUUUGAAAACAAAGAGCAGAUACAGUCUCUACAAGAUGCCAAUUAUGAUCUUGUCCUAACAGACCCUGCCAUACCAGGAGGUGUUAUACUCGCUCACUAUCUCAGGUUGCCUCUUGUUUAUAAUGUCAGAUGGACUAGUUUUGGGGAAGGCCAUUUUUCAAUUGCACCCUCUCCUCUUUCUUAUGUUCCUCUGCCAGGGACUGAGCUUUCAGACAAGAUGAGCUUUCUACAGAGAGUCAUUAAUGUUGUUGUAUUUGGCUUAUUUGAACUUGAAAAAGCGUACUUCAUUGAACCACAUUAUAAAAACUUAUUUAAAAAACAUUUUCAACAGGACAUAGACUUGCAGUCCUUAUUUCAGUCAGCUGAUCUGUGGCUCAUGAGAGUGGACUUUGUCUUUGAAUUUCCUCGCCCCACCAUGCCUAAUGUUAUAUACAUGGGAGGCUUUCACUGCAAACCUGCUAAACCACUGCCUGAAGAUCUUGAAGAGUUUGUGCAGAGCUCUGGAGAGCAUGGAGUCAUCCUUAUGUCACUGGGGACAAUAUUUGGGGAGCUCCCACCGGACCUUGCCAAUGCUAUUGCAGGAGCUUUUGCUAGAUUACCUCAGAAAGUCAUCUGGAGGCACAAAGGUGACAAACCUGCUACUUUGGGCAACAACACUUUGCUGGUGGACUGGAUGCCACAGAAAGAUCUUUUAGGACAUCCAAAAACUAAACUUUUUGUGGCUCAUGGAGGGACAAACGGUGUUCAAGAGGCAAUUUAUCAUGGAGUUCCCAUCUUAGGUUUACCACUGGUUUUUGAUCAACGUGAUAAUCUGUUUAAAAUUGAGACAAGAGAAGCAGGGAAGAUUCUUGAUAUCUUCACUAUGGAUGAGGAAAUUUUUUACGAGGGAAUUCAGGAAGUCCUGAAUGAGCCCUCAUACAGAAUGAACAUGCAGAGACUCUCCAGGCUGCACAGAGACACUCCCAUGAAGCCCCUGGAUAGCGCCCUCUUCUGGAUAGAGUUUAUCAUGAGACACAAAGGUGCAGCUCACCUGAGAACAGAGUCCUACAAGCUGCCCUGGUACUCCUACCACUCUGUGGACGUUGUUUUGUUCCUGACUGGAGCUUUGCUUCUUUUACUCCUCACGUCUUUCAUGUUGAUGAACUGUUUUUUCUCCAAACUGUGUAAGAGAAAAGCAAAAAGGGAGUAA